AUGCAACCUCUCCUUCAUAUGAUCAUCUUGUUGUUAUGGCGCACAAGUCGAGCAGCGGCAUCAUCAUCAGAUCAAUUAGCACCAAUAGCAAAGCCUAACUGCGAAUCGCAUUGCGGAGAUGUUAGCAUCCCAUACCCUUUUGGGAUUGGUCCCAGCAGCAAUUGUUACUUGUACGAUUGGUUUGAAAUUGAGUGUGACAACUCCACCAGCCCUCCCAAGCCUUUCUUGAGGCUUGCCAAGCUAGAGGUGCUCAAUAUUUCUAUUGAUGGCAUGCUUCGGGUUAACAACCCUGUUACUUUCCUCUACGGAGGAAGAGGAAUUCGCAAAGUAUUGCUAAAUUUGACGGGAAGUCCUUUCGUGUACUCAAAGUACAAUAGACUCACUGCAGUCAGUUGUGGCAUCUUUUUGGCGGUAAUGUCAGAUGAGACUGUAGUUGGUGGAUGCAUGUCAACUUGUGAUAAGGAUCAUUUUCGUAGAGAGAAUUACGGAUGUAUUGGUAUUAACUGUUGCCAGACUACCCUUCCCUCAAACCUCAGUGUCAUCACCAUUGAGUUGCAGCCAGAAUCUGAAAUGGGAAUGCGAAUGCAAACACGAACAGGAACGAGAAUGGAUGACUACAACUAUGCCUUCAUUGUUGACCAAGAAUGGUUUGAGAAUAACUCAGACGUCAAGGACAAGGGCAGCGUUCCUGUGGUGCUAGAAUGGAGCUUAAGCUUAGACAAUAUGAAUAGUUCGUCAGCCAAACUAUAUGAAGAAUUCAUUGGAAACACAACAGAAAAAAAUUUACGCAAUCCUCUCAAGUCAUUUGAAGGAAGCGACCCCACACCCUAUUGCACAACAUAUGAGCCCAAAUAUUUUAUGCAAUCAACUUAUGAUAAUCAAUCAAGGCUUCAAUGUUUUUGCCCGUUCGGCUUUGAAGGAAGUCCAUAUCUUCUCCAACCUUGUCAAGAUAUAGAUGAAUGCAAAGGCCCUAAUAAUUGUGAGAUUGAUGAUCCUGCAACGAAUUUGGGUGUCACAAAUACAUGUGAGAAUUAUGUUGGAGGUCAUAGAUGCUACUCAAUUGAAACUGGUAUUGCAUGUCAGUAUUAUGGUACAGCUGAUGCUCUAUGCUUCUUCCCUCCCAGAUGGUCGUUUUACUACUUUCCAAUCCAAAUCAUUCUUCUUGGUCUUGGCUUGAUUCUUGGGCUUUUGCUCCUACUUAUAUAUGUGUACAAACGUAUACACAAAAGGAAAAAGAUUAAACGCAAGGAAAUGUUUUUCAAACGAAAUGGUGGUUUAUUGUUGGAGCAACAAUUAUCAUCAAAUAAAGGUAAUGUAGAGAGAAUCAAGUUGUUCAAAUCCAAGGAGUUAGAGAGGUCCACCCAUAAUUUUAAAAUUAAUAGAAUUCUUGGUCAUGGAGGCCAAGGUACUGUUUACAAAGGCAUGUUGGCAGAUGGAAGAAUCGUUGCCAUAAAGAAGUCUAAAAUAGUGGAUGAAGGCAAACUUUCAGAAUUCAUUAAUGAGGUUGUGAUCCUUUCACAAAUUAACCACAGGAAUGUGGUUAAAAUAUUGGGAUGUUGUUUGGAGACUGAAGUUCCUAUUUUGGUUUAUGAAUUCAUACCCAACGGAACCCUUGCUGAGUAUAUCCAAGGGCAAGUUGAGGAGGUUCCACUUACAUGGGAGAUGCGGUUACGAAUUGCCACAGAAAUUGCAGGAGCUCUUUCCUACUUACAUGGUGCAGCUUCCUUUCCCAUUUUCCACAGGGACAUCAAAUCAACAAACAUACUUUUGGAUGAAAAAUACAGAGCAAAAGUUGCUGAUUUUGGAACUUCACGAUCAGUUUCCAUUGACCAAACUCACCUGACAACACUUGUUAAUGGUACAUUUGGUUACUUGGACCCGGAAUACUUCCAUUCAAAUCGAUUUACAGAUAAAAGUGAUGUGUAUAGCUUUGGAGUAGUCCUUGUUGAGCUCUUAACUGGACGAAAACCCGCUGUUUGUGCAGUAACAAGUUCAGAAGAAGAUGAAUAUAGAAGUCUUGCCACACAUUUCAUUAUUUCGAUGCAAGAAGAUCGUCUAUUUGAUAUUGUUGAGGCUCGAAUUUUGAAGGAGGGCUCUAAAACAGGGAUCAAUGAGUUUGCUAACCUUGCAGGAAGAUGCCUAAAUGUGAAUGGGAGGAAUCGUCCUACAAUGAGAGAGGUCACUACCGAGUUGGAGGCCAUCCAAAAGUCAGAAACAACUUAUAAUGGUGCUCAACCGAACUAUGAAAGGGUGUAA